GCCUCCUGCGGGGUGGUGACGGCCCAGGCGCGCCGAGUCCCAGCAGCCUUCGCCGCCUCCGCGCGCCGCAGGCUCUGGGGCCCUCGCGCUCCAGCUUGUGCCCGGUCCCGUGGCCCUGCGACCCCCGCGUCCCCGGCGGCCCGGCUCUCCCGCAAGAUGACGCUGAAGGCGAGCGAGGGCGAGGGCGGGGGCGGCAUGCGCACGGCGCUCUCCGAUCUCUACCUGGAGCACUUGCUGCAGAAGCACAACCGGCCCGAGCCUGUGUCACCCCAGCUGAGUGCUGUGAUGGAGGACAUGUACACCAAUGGGCCCGCUGCCCUGGGGAGCCCAGCCCAGACUCAGGGCCAGGAGGCCCGGAAAGUGCGGCUCAUCCAGUUCGAGAAGGUCACCGAGGAGCCCAUGGGAAUCACACUGAAGCUGAAUGAGAAGCAGUCAUGUACGGUGGCCAGAAUUCUCCAUGGGGGCAUGGUCCACAGACAAGGCUCACUUCACGUUGGGGACGAGAUCCUAGAAAUCAAUGGCACAAACGUGACUAAUCACUCGGUAGAUCAGCUGCAGAAGGCGAUGAAAGAAACCAAAGGAAUGAUCUCAUUGAAAGUAAUUCCCAACCAGCAAAAUCGGCUUCCAGCACUGCAAAUGUUCAUGCGCGCACAGUUUGACUAUGAUCCCAGAAAGGACAACCUAAUCCCUUGCAAGGAGGCGGGACUGAAGUUCAUCACGGGGGACGUCAUCCAGAUCAUCAACAAGGAUGACAGCAACUGGUGGCAGGGCCGGGUAGAAGGCUCAUCCCAGGAGUCAGCGGGCCUGAUCCCCUCCCCUGAGCUGCAGGAAUGGCGAGUGGCGAGUGGGGCCCAUUCUGCUCCAAGUGAGGCCCCUAGCUGCAGCCCCUUUGGGAAAAAGAAGAAGUACAAAGACAAGUACCUGGCGAAGCACAGCGCAAUUUUUGACCAGUUGGAUGUUGUUUCCUACGAGGAAGUGGUUCGGCUGCCUGCGUUCAAGAGGAAGACCCUGGUUCUCAUCGGAGCCAGCGGGGUGGGCCGCAGCCACAUCAAGAGUGCCCUGCUCAGCCAGAACCCGGACAAGUUUGCAUACCCUGCCCCGUAUACGACACGGCCGGCCAGGAAGAGCGAAGAAGAUGGCAAGGAAUAUCACUUCAUCUCCACGGAGGAGAUGACACGGAGCAUCUCCGCCAACGAGUUCUUGGAGUUUGGCAGCUACCAGGGCAACAUGUUUGGCACCAAGUUCGAGACUGUGCACCAGAUUCACAAGCAGGACAAGGUUGCCAUCCUGGACAUCGAGCCUCAGACCCUGAAGAUCGUUCGGACGGCAGAACUUUCACCUUUCAUUGUGUUCAUUGCACCCACUGACCAAGGCACUCAGACGGACGCCCUGCAGCAGCUGCAGAAGGACUCGGAGGCCAUCCGCAGCCAGUAUGCACACUACUUUGACCUCUCGCUGGUCAAUAACAGCGUUGAGGAAACCCUGAAGACAUUGCAAGAAGCAUUUGACCAGGCGUGCCGUUCCCCCCAGUGGGUGCCUGUUUCCUGGGUUUACUAAGCUUUGCAGCAUAGUGGGGAGUGACCGGGGGCCCCUGUUCAGCCUUUGGAAGGCCACCCCGCCUUGCUCUUUUAAGACCACAGGCUCGCUAGCUUUGUGUCAGCUUCUAGCUCUCUGCAACUCUCCUCCUCAUGAGGCCGGUGGGUGUCUUGUCUUGUUCACAUUUCUGAAGGGCUGGGCUGAUUUCCCGACAGAGCAGGAUUUCCAAAGUAUCCCUGCACACUGGGGGCCAGAAGCACUCAGCCAAGGCAGCUGCUAAUCACAGCUGGUGCCCAUAGGGAGGAAAAGCAAUGGACCCCCUGACCCUCUGAAGCCUGCACCCCUUUUACCUUUGGUCACACCGGGCAUUUCAUGUGUCUUUGAAGAAAGCAUUUGUCACUGCAACUUUCUACUCUGCCAAAUCAAACAGCUGUGCAAUAGGAUGGGUCUGCUCUAGGGAAACCCUCAAAAGCAAUAAAGGUAUUGCUGUUAAAAUGCCA